CACGUGGCCCCGAGGCGGCUCUUGAGCAGCACGUGGCGCAGCCUGGAGCGCGAGAGGGCUUGCUGGCAGACUUGUCUGAGGAUCUGACAGAGGCGAAGCGCAGGACUUGUAAUCAGUGAAAUAAAAAAAAGAAAAAGAAAGAGAAGAUCACAGGCAAAUCAGAAUCACUACUCUCCUACAGCAAUGGGUUGGCUGGAAGAACCAAAGUGGCAGCUUCCCAUUUCCUUGAUCGUGCUACUUUCCAUGCACACGAAGGGUGCUUUGGCUGGACCAGUUGUUGAUCCACAUGUAACAGCAGUUUGGGGGAACAAUGUCACUCUGAAAUGCAUAAUUGAAAUAAAUGGAACAAUAACACAAAUCUCAUGGGAGAAGAUAUAUGGUAAAAGUAAACAGACCAUUGCUGUUCAUCAUCCUGAGUAUGGGUUUUCUGUUCAAGGAGAAUACCAAGGAAGAGUGUCAUUUAAGAACUACUCACUUACUGAUGCAACUAUCACCCUAAACAAUAUAAGCUUCUCUGAUUCAGGAGAAUAUGUAUGCAAAGCAGUUACAUUCCCACUAGGAAAUGCUCAGUCAUCAACAACUGUAACUGUAUUGGUUGAACCCAUUGUGAGCCUAACAAAGGGACCAAACUCUUUAAUAGAUGGUGAAAAUCAGACAAUAGCAGCCAUUUGUACAGCAGCCACUGGAAAACCUGCUGCAGAUAUUGAUUGGGAAGGAGGUCUUGGAGAAAUGGAAUCCAGUUCUACUUUAUUUCCAAAUGAAACUGUGACGGUUGUCAGUCAGUACAAACUCAUACCCACCAAAUUUGCCAGAGGAAGACGCAUAACUUGUGUUGUGAGGCAUCCGGCUUUGGAAAAGGAGCUGAGAUAUCCUUACACAUUGGACGUACUAUAUGCCCCUGAAGUUUCAGUAACUGGGUAUGAUGGAAACUGGUUCAUUGGAAGAGAGCAUGUUCAGCUCCGGUGUAAUGCUGAUGCAAAUCCACUGCCCAUGGAAUUUACAUGGACCAGGUUAGAUGGGCAGUGGCCUGAAGGUUUAAUGUCUUCAAAUAAUACUCUGCAUUUCAACAGUCCAUUGACUUUCAAUUAUACUGGGACUUACGUCUGUAAGGUGACCAAUUCCCUUGGACAAAGAAGUGAUCAAAAGACGAUCUACAUUUUAGAUCCUACUACUACUACUACACGACCACCCACGGUCCCAUGGCAUCCUUCGACUGACGGCAUCAGAGGUUUAGCAACAGAACCAAAACUAAUGCAUUUUCCAACAUCAACCUUGUCUUCCAGCAUUGCUGGCAAUUGGGAUACCAUCAUCACUAGUGCAGUCGGUGGGACUCUCUUUCUGAUACUUGUAAGUGUUUUGGUUGGAAUUAUCUACUAUAGGAGAAGACGGAUGGUGCGUCGUUACUACUUUGCUAGGAACUACAUUCUACCAUCAGAUAUGCAAGAAGAGUCUCAAAUAGAUGUUCUCCAAUCAGAUGAUGUGGACUCUUAUCCUGACAGUAUAAAAAAAGUAAAACAUCCAGUGAGCAGUUUAAUAGCAAAAGAUUAUUUAGAAGACCCAGACAAUCCAGAAUGGAACAAUGUAGACAGUAUUAACAGAUCCCAAGAAUGGUAUGAAAGACCAAUUGAUUAUUAUGAAGGAGGAACACUGGGAAUGCAGUACAUGGGUGGUAAAUGUUAUGAUGACAAUGAAGAAGACUUUGUGUCACAUGUAGAUGGCUCAGUAAUAUCCCAGAAGGAGCGACAUGUGUAGUAACCACUGAUACAGUUCCAUUCAUUAGUUGAUCACUUUCAGGUUGUUUAUAUUUUUACUUGAGGAAAAACAGGCUUUUUGAAGUUGAUUUUCAAGCUUUUGAUAUUGUAAAAAUCUGGGUUAAAUGUAUCUGAGCUGCUUUAUGAUUUUUCAAUGCUGUACUACUGUCUUUGAAAAUAUUGGAAUGUUGAUACAUAAUGCUUUAUUUGUCUACUGCACAUGUAAGAACCAAGUGCUAAUUAAGUUACCAUACAACAAUGUUAGAGUGAAAAAGCAACUCUCUUGGCUUUGUGAUUUAAAAACAGUUUACCUGAGACUAUGAUCAAGUAUGAUCAAGCACAUUUUUUUUUAUAUAUAUACACAUUUUAGACAAAAAACGAGUGAAUU